GUGGACGGGGAUGGGGACGCCGUCUCUCCUCCUCCUCCUGCCGCCGCCCCGCCCGUCUUUCCCCAAGCGGGGAGCCGGCGGCACGGGAGGCGGAGGGGGCGGCGAGCGGAGCCAGGCAGCGCAGGGGCUUCCCAAGCAGCCGCAGCCGCCGCCGCGGCAGCAGCAGCAAGAAGAGGAGGAGGAGGAGGAGGAGAAGGGGGCGCGCGGCUGCGUGGCUCCCGCCAGCCCCGGCGCUUAUGUAAAAAGAACAAAAGGCAAUUAAGGCAGAGCCGGCCAGCCAGCCAGCCAGCGGCGCGCAAAGGGCGCCCCGGAGCAGCUGCCGCCGCCACCCGAUCCUCGCUGCCCCGUCCCGCAGGAAGAAGCGCCGGUGCUCCCUGCCCUGCGCCCCCCUCACCGAGGCAUGUGCGAGGUCGGGACGCGUUCUGCGCUGCCCGCCGGCGGAGGCGAGACCCCGCCGGCCAGCGCGCUUUCCCCGCCGGCGCCGCUCCAGCCGGGCGAGAAGUGCCGGGAGAUGGGAGAGCAGCCCAUCUUCACCACCAGAGCACAUGUCUUCCAAAUUGAUCCCACCACCAAGAAGAACUGGGUUCCUGCCAGCAAGCAGGCGGUAACUGUUUCCUACUUCUAUGACAGCACAAGGAACAGCUAUCGAAUAAUCAGUGUGGAUGGAGCCAAGGUAGUUAUAAAUAGCACAAUCACACCUAAUAUGACCUUUACCAAAACGUCGCAGAAGUUUGGACAGUGGGCUGACAGCCGAGCAAAUACCGUGUUUGGCUUGGGGUUCUCGUCUGAACAACAACUCACAAAGUUUGCUGAGAAAUUUCAAGAAGUAAAAGAAGCCGCCAGACUAGCAAGAGAACGGUCACAAGAAAAAACAGAAACCUCUAGCAAUCAUUCUCAGGAGUCAGGGCGUGAAACUCCAUGUUCAACUCGGGCAUCCAGCGUGAACGGAACAGAUGAUGAAAAAGCCUCCCAUGGAGGUCCCGCUGAUGUGCACCUGAAAACAGAGAACGACAAGCUGAAGCUUGCCCUCGCCCAAAGUUCUUGUAAUGUCAAGAAAUGGGAAACGGAACUGCAGGCCCUGAGGGAAAGCAACGCCAGACUGACGUCGGCGCUCCAGGAAUCCGCUGCCAGCAUUGAACACUGGAAAAAGCAGUUCUCCAUUUGCAAAGAGGAAAAUGAUCACCUGAGGAGUAAGAUUGAGGAACUGGAAGAGCAGUGUGAGGAAAUAAAUAAGGAGCGAGAGCGAAAUGCGCAGCUGAGCAGGCGCCUCCAGGAAUUGGAGACGGAGCUUCAAGACAAGGAGCUGGAAUUAGAGGAUCUUCGAAAACAAGGUGAAAUCAUACCACAACUCAUGUCAGAAUGUGAAACAGUAUCUCAGAAAUUGCAGGCUGCUGAGAAAAGGAAUCAAGAUCUGGAAGAGAAAGUCAGAGCUCUACGGACAGAGGUGGAAGAGAGCAGGCAGAGACAGAACAACCUUAAGGCUGAGUUACAGACUUUUUUAGACGUCCUCGAUGGAAAGAUUGAUGAACUUCACGAUUUCCGGCAAGGACUUUCUAAACUCGGAGUUGACAACUAGGAAAUAGCGACUCCCCCGCUCCCUCUAAAUUAACAUUUGGGGUGUGGGUGGGUGUUUUAAAUCCAAAACUUCUGUUUCAAACACACACACACAUUUUCUUCUUGUUUGCAAUGUGAUUAGUCCAUAGAUUCUAAAUAUUUCAUGUAUGGCUCUUUUAUUUCCUCUCUGAAAAAUUCCUGCCCAUUUUCUUUCUUUUUAAUCCUGAGACAGAAAGAGAAAGAUUAGAUGUGCUGCUCUGGUUCUUUAAGAGGUUAUAAACAGGUGGGAAAGUUUUUUGCCUCAGGAAACUGGAAUUCAGACUUACCUUUAAAAUGAAUAUGCAGUUAGUUUUUGCAGGGAAAUUUCUGUCGUAAGGGCUGCUGCAACCAUAGAAACAAGAAGCAAGUCUUGUCUUCAUCAUUAUUAAACUCCAUGCAGUUUUCUUCCCCUUGUGCUUGAAAGAGAGAGAAUGAGAGACAGACAGACAGACCGGCUGUAGCCAAGAGGAGACGAGACUGCAGUGGCACCUUUACUGGGUUUGAGAAAGUGCGCUUUGAAGCAGCCUUAGGGACCAAAGGGGAAAAACCUAAGAACUGUUUCUCCUUUUGCUUCCUGAUUGUAGGGGAGAUGGGGCUGUGCCUCAUCAGCCAGGUAUUCUCUUCUCCCUGCAGAAGGUCCCUAGUUCAAUUCAUAGGUUCAGGAAGCGCCUAUUGGCCUGAAAGCUUGAGGAGCUGGCAACAGAGCACGGUGGAUGG